CUUGAACAAAUUUCAUAAUUAUAAAAAGUACGGGAAAAAAAAAUUAAGAAAUGCCAGUGAAGUUGCUAUGUGAAUUCCAUCUGUAUUUUUACGAAAUCUCAAAAAUCGUCAUUUGUAUCAACGGAGGUUUGCGUCGGAGGUUCGCGUCGUUCACGCUCGAUGGUGCCACGCGCUCGAUGCUGCUGCCCCCGCAAAGCUCCCCCGGACUUUUUCUACAGCUGUGUUGAGCCAUAAAAUCAGCCAUUACUCCAACAUUUUUGUCGUGUACGAGCGGCCACGAGCGGUACGCAAUGAGAAGAUCGCGGUCAAGUUGCUGAGCACCAGGUGGUCUGUAUGAUGUCUGAUGCUCCCUCGGAAAGCAUGAUCGGAAAUAACAGGAUGCCGAAUAUCAAGCAGGAAAUCGAUAACCCAACGACGCCCACGCAAAAUUAUCAAGUGUGUUCGCCGACCACGACUCUUCAGCAACAGGAGUCGAUAUGCACAAAGUUGGACAUCGCAACGGAUUAUGGCGGUAGCAGUGGCAGUCCCGAUAGUCCAGAGAUGCAUCAUUGUUCCUCGACGACGCAGCCAUUGGGAACUCCAGAGGAAGGCGCUAAGGAAGACGAUAUGGUACCCAGGAGGCUUUGCCUUGUCUGCGGUGAUGUUGCCAGCGGUUUUCAUUACGGUGUUGCUUCGUGUGAGGCGUGCAAAGCUUUCUUCAAGAGAACCAUACAAGCCAGUAAUUUUACAGGAAACAUUGAGUAUACUUGUCCAGCGAACGGCGAAUGCGAGAUAAACAAACGAAGACGUAAGGCGUGUCAGGCGUGUAGAUUUCAGAAAUGUUUGCGGCAAGGAAUGCUGAAGGAAGGCGUGAGAUUGGAUCGCGUUCGAGGCGGUCGGCAAAAGUAUAGAAGGUCCACCGAUCCUUACACAUCGACCAAGAGCGUCACGCUAGAAGUGUUUCAUGCUAGCGUACCGAAGGCAGAUUCUGCUGCAAAAAUAAAUAACAAGAUUAUCGAGGCUUUGGCAGCCUGCGAACCAGAUAUACUUCAAGUAUCCAAUGUUCCAAGUACGCUGGAGGCAGAUCAAAAAAUCCUUGGACAGUUGUCUGAUCUCUAUGAUCGAGAAUUAGUCGGUAUAAUCGGUUGGGCUAAACAGAUCCCGGGAUUCGGCAACUUGGCGCUGAAUGAUCAAAUGCGGCUUUUGCAGAGUACUUGGGCCGAGAUAUUAACCUUCACUCUGGCAUGGAGAAGUAUACCUAACACCGGCAAAUUGAAGUUCGCGCAAGAUUUUAUUCUUGACGAGAGACUCGCGCGCGAAUGCCACUGCAUGGAGCUUUAUACACAUUGCAUACAAGUCAUGGAGAGGCUCCAGCGAUUGAGUUUAACGCGAGAAGAAUACUACGUGCUGAAGGCAUUGAUCUUAGCGAACAGUGACGCUCGGUCUGAUCAUCCUCAGGCGCUAUAUCGUUUUCGAGAAUCGAUCUUGGUUUCUCUUUCGGACUGUGUAUCAGCGGUACGAUCGGUCCAGGCACUCCGCGCUAUGCAGAAUAUGCUAAUAGUGCUGCCCAGUCUCAGACAAGCCGAUGGAGUUGUCAGACGUUUUUGGUCAAAUGUGUACAGAACGGGCAAGGUACCAAUGAACAAGCUCUUCGAGGAGAUGCUGGAGAAUGUUUGUUUGCGAUGAGACAUGUUGGUUGUCGCAAAUUUAUUAACUCGACGCUGUACCGUUGUUUAUCGUAAGCUAACAAUGUUUACCACUAUCGUGAUUAUAUAUUAUUGUAUCGUUAUUUCGGGCAUGUUCGGUGUGCCGUUGAGUUGCUGAAGACAUUAAUGAGUGAUAGGUGGGUGAUAAGUGAGUGAUAAGUGGGAGGGACAAAGAUUCUCGAGAUCCUUCUACAAUUCUUUUUAUUUUCUAAUGAACUCGCGAGUUUUUAUUAUGAUUUUUUUUUUCUUUCUUUUUGCGUGCGAAGAGAGGACGAUGAAAAUGGAAGUUUCUUCAGGCAGUGUCUUCGGUGAUUCAUGUUGUGAUUCACGAAUCGUUUUCUAACACGGCAGAUGCGUGUAUAAUCUUUAUUCAAAGUAUCCAAACUUUCCUUUUCGAGUACCCCAUUUACAGGUACAGAAAGAAAGAAAGAAAAAGAAACAAAGGAAAGAAAGAAAAGGAAGGAAAUAGAGAAAGAUAUAACUUUUACGUUGGAACAUGCAGUACAAGAUGCGAGAAGACUUUUUCAGAGUACUCAUUUUUAGGAUAGGCGUAAUAUGGAAGCCAAUCGUCGGCUUUAUCAUUCAAUUACCAAAUAAAGUGUUUCCGUUUGAUCAUCACGAUCGUAACACUAAACAUAGUAAUCAAAUAAGAUGUAAUAACUGUGGGUGUUUAACGUCGUAGUAUGAUUAAAUACUGUUGGUAUUGAGAAUCAACAAUCAAAAUUAUUGUUAUUGAACAUUUUCUCCGGA